UCACCUGCACCAAAAGUAAAGCUCCCUUAUCUCCUGUCAUGUGCAUCCUAAUGUCAAAUUGUUUGAUACCUAUAACACUGUAAUCUGGCCAAACAGUCUACACCAUUUUAUACUAUUCAGUGACCUUGUUUAUCCCAUUUAGGUUAAAAAAGAAACAUGCAUUCUAACCAGCAGAGACCAUACCUCUCUCGCAGGCUUGGAUUCCUCAGAACUGGUGUUACCCUUGGUCAUCUCCGAAUUUCAGGGUCACGUAUCUAUGUUAUUGUUUUCUUGGGGAUAUUCACCUUCUUGAUAGGAAUUGUGACAACUGCCAUUGCCUACUCAACUCCUUAUCAUAGAGGUGUCAGUCACUACUUGGGACCCAUUCUUUUAGUAGGAGGGGGACUUCUCUUAGUCUUUGGUGUUUUUUUGUGUGCUUUUGCAGCUCGUUCUGCUCGAAACAUAUCAGUUGGGAGUGAACAUGCAAGUGUUACUCAUCCCAUGAUGCAGUCACCUGAACAUAUUCAGGCUGGAGGAGUAUGUGUCGUACCUCAGUCUUAUUACCCAGAAUUGGAAGCAUACCCCAACACAGAUAGUCCUUACCAGCCAACAACAGAACCCCUCCCUCGACCUGUAGUCUACCAUACAGAAGGACUCUCAUCUAAAGAUGAAAGCACAUUACCACUAACAGCUCAACAUCUCGAUCAGUCUGCAGAUGAUAGUAGACAAUACAGUACCAAUUCUCCUCCACAACAAAACAAAAAUCCUGAUAUGCACAUUUAAUUGAACUUUUAGUUUAUGGUAGUCUUAAUGCUUCUAAAUGGAUAGACAAAAGGAAUUUUUAUUGACUUGGGGCCUUAUUGUCUUGAUAAUAAGCAUAUUGUAUAUAUUAAGUUAAAGGAUAUUAGCAAGGGUGCAUUCAUCUGUAAAACAUUUUAUUUUUGAAAUGUUUUUUUUUAUGCAUUAUGUACAGAGUUAAUGUAAUAGUUUAACUUUUGAGAGUGAACACAACAUUGUAUGUGUGAG